UCAGGCGCAGUGAGUGGACUGACUGACAUCUGAUUGGUUGUCCCGAAAAAAAGGAACCGCCUUCGUGGUAUUGAACAGACAUCCACAAGGAGACGGGGCGGGACUUCGGGUGGGAAGAGGCGGGGCCUCCGGCCUUUGGGCGCCAGCGGUUGAAAGACCGUAGGUGUCGGUUCGGCGGCUAAGUUCGGAUAUCUGCGUCCCAGCUCUUCUCCAUGGCCGACCCUGGGGAGGUGCAGGUUUCUCCUCAGCCGUCGCCGCCUCCCUUCUCUCCCUCGUCUUCUGACGCCUCUUCAGCAUCUUCCCCCGGCGUCCCAGUGCGUUUGGACUGGCCAGUUCCGAGCAGGAACAGCGACCGAACGGUGGACCUGCUGGAGGAAGUCGAGCUGCAGAUCGGAGACGCAGCAUUUUCAUUAACCAAACUUCUUGAAGCCACAUCUGCAGUAUCAGCUCAAGUGGAAGAGCUUGCCUUCAAAUGUACAGAAAAUGCACGUUUCCUUAAAACAUGGCGGGACCUCUUGAAAGAAGGCUAUGAUUCUUUGAAGACAGACAACUGAUUUGGCUGUGUAAUAACUCAUACUUCCUCAUUUACAUUUGCACAUGUAGUUCUGUAUACUCAAAAUGAAAUUUUUCUUGGUUUUCUUCACUUUUGUGAAAGUAGAAUGCUGAUGUUAUUAUUUUUUAAUUAAAGUUUAUUGGGGUGACGGUUGUUAGUAUUGAUGUUAUUUUUGAUGCUGGCCAGUAUUUCUGCCCUCUAAACUUUCAUAAAGUCUUUUAUGAAAGUUAAUUUCAUCAGUAGAUGUAAUACCACAGUGUUACCAGUAGCAAACUUGGUAGACCGUUAUUCUAUUUGACUUGCAGGAAGAUACCAUGAAUGACAGAGUGUGAAGUUAAGCUUCAUUUUAUGGGCUAAGAAAGGUAACUUUAAGGUUAGCAAUGUCAGAUCCAGCUCCAUUAGGCCAAGUUCCCUCGAACCAAUCAUUGUAUCUUAUUUACUUCCCUACCCCCAGCACCUAGACUGGUAUCACAAAAGUCACUAAGUAAAAGAGUUAACAAUUAAAAUCAAUUUUUUUCUUCCCGUUUUUAGCAUGAAGGUUACAAUUGUUUCUCUAAAAAAUAUUUGAAUCAGAACCUCAUUGACUUGAAGGAAAACGUUCUCUUUUGUUACAGGGAUUUGAACUUGAACUGAUGACAACUUUUAAAAAUAUAUGAUAAAUAUUUUUUGCCCUCCUAUGAGGCUUUUUAAAAAAAACUUUUACUUUAGAAAAUGAAAGCAUGUCUGGAAAGAAUGCAUAUUUUCUCCUUAUUUAUUUCUAAGAUUAACUGCUUCUACACAUAAUAUUUCUUGCAUUUGAUGUUGUAUCUUUGAUUGCUCACUUUAAAGUAAUCAGUAUUAUGGCCCUGUCCUAUUACUGUUAGAGUUUUGUAAGUAAUAAUUCUAAAUUGUAAAUGUAAUAAUUCUAAAGAAGUUACUUUGUUUUUAAUGAAUUGGAAAAAAAAAUUUUUUUUAAAGAUUUUAUUAGGGA